CCCCAGGGCUCAGAGCAGAGCAAGCUCAGACAGGAGAGCAACAUGAUGAGGCUGUUUGUCUUGCUAGCUAUGCUUUACAGUGGAGUAAGCAGCAGCAUUGUGCUGCAGAAAAUGUAUGGGAGAAUCACGUCCCCCAACUUCCCAAAUGUCUACCCAAAUCACAAGGAGAGAAUGUGGAAUAUUACUGUUCCCAAGGGAUAUUCUGUCCGCAUCUACUUCACCCAUUUCAACCUGGAGCUGUCCUACCUGUGUGAAUAUGAUUAUGUGAAGCUGAGCUCUGGUGGGAGGACCUUGGCUACGCUGUGUGGGAAGGAUAGUACAGACACUGAGGAGGCUCCAGGCAACAAGACGUACAUCUCCGUUGACAACAACCUCAUGGUAGUGUUUCGGUCUGACUACUCCAAUGAGAAACCAUUCACAGGCUUUGAGGCCUUCUAUGCUGCUGCAG